AUGGCCUGGACAGAGGUACACUUACACAGAGUUAUAAUGUUAAUUUGAACCAUGUUUAGUGUAUGGUAUUUGUUGUCAUCUUGACACAUUGUUAAACUGUAACCAAAAAGUUUCUAGAUCACGGUUGCUAUCGCAGCAGGUUCACUCGAGGACUGGUACAGGAAAGUGGUCUAGCUGUUGUUGGGACACGUGACUGAGAAAAGACUGCGCUGAUCUGUUUUGACACGGGGACAUUGCUAGAGAGAGGGGAAGAGAGCACACCAACGAGUUUAUGGAUAAGAAAGAGCAUACAAAAUAAUUUUGUUGCCAACGGUAUGCGCCCGUACUGUGUUAUUGAGUUGGACGAAGUUCGCUAGCUAGCGAACCGUUGUUUUGGAAGAAGGAAAAAAGCUCGCUAGCCACUGCGACAAGUUGGGAAAUAAAUGGUCAGCUUGUUUUCUGACAAACUUUUGAAAUGAGAGAAAGCUAGUCAACAAUAACUAGGUAACUGACACGGGACGUGGCUACUUUACCUCACUAUGUUUCAAGACGACAAGUGGAACUUAUGCUUCUGGACAACACGGCGUUUAGCUAACGUUGGCUGUUUUUCAGAAUGAUCGGUUGAACGAGGUCUGUCCUUUCCUCGAGCCCAUUGUUAUCGGAGGUGGAUCACUCUACCUGCGCGUGGGGGUUGGGGUGUUUUGUUUGAGAAGGUCGUCAUCAGAUCAGAUGCCUGCGUGUUGUUUGUUUGGUCAGCUAGCUAAAGCCACGUUAGCUAAGCCAAAUAGGUGAGGUUACAGUAGCUGAAAGAGAGAGAGAGAGAGAGAUGCUUCGUGACGGGACUACUGUCGUGGUUUUGGUGGUGGAAUUUGAGACGUUUAUUUUUGGGGGGUGGACAGUCAGAUUGUCAGCUCAAUGCCUUGUUGGCUAGCUAGGUGGUUGAUGAAGCAAUAACUCGGAGCUAAUCUAAUGUUUGACGGUCAGAUUUAGCUAGCUAGCUCAACUGUUCGUUGGCCAGUUAACAGUGGAUCUGACUCGAUGGACCUGUACAGUAGCAGUUUGGUAACAAAGCGUUGCUUUGUUGGGUAAAUUAGGGGGCGAUUGGCAGCAUACAGGCUACCCAGCUGGUAUUGUUGCUUAAUGCAAUAAGUCAGCAAUCCUUUGGAAGAUUUGGAUCCACACAGUCAGACACACAGCAGUAUAUUGCUGUCAGGGCUGUGUGGACGGGAGUCUUCAGACCGAAGACAGACAGACAGAGGCUGCCAGAUUCCCAGAGAGAUCCAGAUGACACUGGCUAACAUGAAACCAGAGCGAGACGUGGUGGUGGAGGAGUUCUUUGAGUACGAUGCUGAGGACUUCCUGGUGUUCCUGACCCUGUUGAUCACUGAGGGACGGACCCCAGAAUGUUCUGUGAAGGGUCGCACAGAGGGGCUGCACUGCCCCCCUGCAAAGUCCGCCCUGCCGCCCCUACACAGGCACGAGUGCAGCGACAAACUGCCACAGUGUGUGCAGGCGCGGCGUGUGCGCUCGGAGGUGUGUGUGUUGUGGAGGAACAGUAUUCCCAUCAUGGUGGAGGUGAUGCUGCUGCCAGACUGUUGCUAUGGAGACGAGAGUCCCCCUAGUGACCCCAUCAGUGACCCAGCGAUCAAACAAGACGCUCUGCUACUGGAGCGAUGGACUCUGCAGCCUGUACCACGACAGAGCGGUGAUAGGUUUAUAGAGGAGAAGACUCUGCUGUUGGCUGUUCGUUCCUACGUCUUCUUCUCCCAGCUCAGUGCCUGGCUCAGUGCUUCUCACGGCAUUGUACCCCGAAACAUCCUGUAUAGGAUCAGUGCAGCAGAUGAGGAGUGUGUCUGUCAGUUCUCCCAGCCCCCAGCGGAGCACCUGUUCCCUGUCCCUAACGUGUCCCAGAGUGUUGCCCUGAGGCUCAGGGUCCAGUCACUCCCCCGUCAGCCCACCUACCCCACCCUGGCCUGUAGCAUACACACCGUCUUGACCCUGGCCCCACUCUACAGCAAGACCCCCAGCCUUAAGCCCAACCUCAGCCCUAACCUCUACAGCAAGACACCUAGCCUUAACCCAGGCCUGAACCCUAACCUCUACAGCAAGACACCUAGCCUUAACCCAGGCCUGAACCCUAACCCGCCUCUGUACGAGAGGAGCCACAACUCUAAAGAGAGCCACAACAGAGCGUCUCUGCCUUUCUCUGGCCUCCCCUUCCCCAGUCCUCCCAGUCUCGUUCUGCCCAGUAAGAGAGGCCCGGACCCCACAGACAGCCAUAGUCAUUCUAGCCAGAAUGGAUCAGACCUCCUCCGGGUCAAUAAGGGGCAGACAUCAUCCCCCUACCACCUCCCCCUCUCCCCCCGGCCCUCCCCCCGCCCCCACAGGAAGCUGUCCUCCACCCUGCCCCUCCCCCCCGGGGGAAAGACUGUCAGGUGGCUCUAUGCCCUCACCUCAGACCCCUCCGAUGACAUCACACACACCACCGAGGAUUAUGGGAAGGCCGUCAACGGGGCCGAGAGCACCAAGGGACGUGGCUCCGAAGCCCUCCGGGCCUUUAAGACUUAUUCUUUGGCAGAGCCCCCGCGGUGCCCCUCCCCCAGACCCUCCUCUGAGACCAAUCCUCUGAUUGGCUCGCUGCUCCAGGAGAGACAGGAAGUCAUCGCCCGCAUCGCUCAGCGCCUCAACUUCUGUGACCCGACCGCCCCCCAUCUCCCCCCUGCCCUCUUCACCCCCGACACCCACACCAAGACCCCUGUCCGGGGCAGUUACCUUGACAACACCACGCUCAGCAAGACCAAAGAGCCAGAGGGAGCUCCGCCUACUGAGGACACCCCGCCCUCCCCUUUCGACACGCCUAUUGGCGACGCAGCGGCUAUUAUCAGGGAGACGCUGUCUCCGAAGCCUGUUGCCUGCCGCAGACUGAGACUCCCAGAGGACAGAGAUGGAGAGACACGGAGAGACAGAGACAGAGUCAGGGAGACACUGAGAGACCUGGAGACACAAAGAGGCAGAGAGGCAUUGAGAGACCGACAGCGAGAGAGAGACAGUAGUCUCUUGUCCCAUGCUGUUCAGGACAUUACCAGACUGAUUCAGGACAGACUGUCUGUCCCCUCUCUGUCCCCAACACACAGCCGCAGCAGCAGCCCGCUACACAAACCACAUACACACAGCACACACACGCUGUGCACCGACACACACACCACACACAGAGGCGGCUACAGUCAUAGCAGUGGCCACUGCAACGGCUACACACCCAGCCAUGACACACACACUCUCUCACACACACCUGCUAGCACAGACAGAGCUGGUGUUCCUCCAGAGACAGACGGUCCAAUCAGAGCCCAGAACGGCUGUUCAUCACUUGAAGACCCUCAGGUCAGCCCCCGACUCCAAAUCCUGUCCCGGUCUUCUCCUCUAGUCAUCCCACGGCCUCUACCCCAGCCCCAGUCCUCUCCACUACUCAGCCCCAAGAGUCCCAGGGCCAAGACCUCAAAGAGUUUACACCCCACCCGCCCCCAAGAGGAGCCCAGACCCUCCUCACCUAAAGACAACAUUCUGAGGACCAUCCAGACCCUAACAGUGACCCAGACCACCACCCUGACCCAGACCACUGCACAGACCUUGACCACCAAGCUCACCCACACCCAGACCACUGCUCUCAUCCAGAACCACAUGAAACCUCUGACUCAGUCUCACAACCAGACCCAGACAGAGUCUCGAACUCCGCCCUCACGGACUCAGGGCAGCCCUCGAACCCAGCCCUCUAGUCUCCAGGAUGAGAACCAGGCCCCCCCAGGUUCCAAGUCCUCCAGCCCCCCCAGUCCUGCUACCUCACCCCCUGGCACAGAGCCCAACACUGUCCUGCGUUCUCCCUCGCCCCUGAGACCGUGUAACAGUUGGAGGAAACACAACCGUCACUCUCUGGACUCCACCCUCACCAAGGCCUUCCACCCCUGUACCGGCCUGCCCCUGCUCUCCAGCCCUGUUCCUCAGAGGAGAACUCAGACUGGUUACUUUGACCUGGACUCUUCUCUGACCAGCUGUAAAGGACUGCCUUGGACCGCAGGGAAGAGAGUGUGUGUGAAGAGAGUGGAGGAGUCAGAGGAACCUCAGCCGCUGUUCAGUGCCAGCGCUCCACCUGCCAGCCUCAGUCUACUGGGCAACUUUGAGGAGUGUGUGUUGAACUACCGCCUGGAGCCGUUGGGGUCGGUGGAGGGUUUCACGGCCGAGGUGGGUGCUUCCGGAACCUUCUGCCCCAGUCACAUGACCUUCCCCGUCGACGUCUCCUUCUACAGCGUCUCUGACGACAACGCACCCUCGCCAUACAUGGGAGUCAUCAACCUGGAGACUCUGGGUAAACGGGGCUACCGCGUCCCUCCAUCAGGAACCAUUCAAGUGACCUUAUUUAACCCCAAUAAGACGGUGGUGAAGAUGUUUGUGGUGGUGUAUGACCUGAGAGCCAUGCCUGCCGGCCACCAGACCUUCCUCCGUCAGAGGACCUUUUCUGUCCCCGUUCGACGGGACAGCACACACUUACACUCACACAAACACGGCAGCCCAGACAACACACACACACACGGCAGCAGCAGGAAAGCCCUCUCCCUCGGCCAGGAACGCAUCCUGCGCUACCUCAUUCACCUGAGGUUCCAGACCUCUAGGUCAGGUAAAGUGUACCUCCACAGGGAUAUCAGACUGCUGUUCAGUAGGAAGUCUAUGGAGGUAGACAGUGGAGCGGCCUACGAACUCAAGUCCUACACAGAGUCCCCAGCUGACCCAGCCUUCUCCCCGCGCUGCUGACACACACACACACACACACCUCUAUCUGCUCUGACACACACAAACACACACACACACACACACACACACACCUCUAUCUGCACUGACACACACACACACACACCUCUAUCUGCACUGACACACACACACACACACCUCUAUCUGCACUGACACACACCUCUAUCUGCACUGACACACACACUCUAUCUGCACUGACGCACACACUCCUCUAACUGCAUCUACGCAUACACACACACCCACAGAGCUGUCAGAGAGCUGGGCUCAGAGCGUUCUCGUGUGGAACAGUCCAGACAGGCUCGGUCCCAGAUACCUAAGGCCUGGAGAUUUUGCAGACCAUGAACAACUCCUGGCCCUACAGAACCCUGCUGUUUUCUGUGAUGCUCAAACACAUCUUUAUAAAUGUAUUAAAGACAUGCUAAAACACACAUCAAAUACACGUUAGCGACCAUGGACCACUGACUGACCAGAACAAGCAAUCAAGCGACUGAGAAAAUUACAAGACGACAUUGAAAAAGCGCACUGUGUAUUUCCACGACUGGAAAUCAAAAGGAGUAAUAUUCUAAUAUUUUUUUGUACUGUUACAAAAACAAAUCUCUGAAGUGUUGCAAUAGAGAGUAACAUGUAGCUUUAGUGUUUACAUAAUUUUCUUUGUUUAUCGUCAGUUAUUUAAUAUUUAAAUUAAUAUUUCAGUUACUGCUUAUGUGACAUCUAUCAUCCUCAGCAUUAUGAUCUAGUGCAAAACUCUGUAAAUCAUAAUGUGUAUUUUUGACAUUAACUCAGAUCUGAAAAUAUAUCUAUAUCUUAAAGCAAUCUUGAAAGCUG